AUGCAGUCCCGAUUAAUGCCUUCGGGCCGCCAGGCCAUGCGCAGCCCCUUCCGAUCAUUGCGCCGAACCUUUGCGACCUCCCGCGUGUUUCUCCAGACCUUCAAUUCCCAGCAGGGCUUCCAUUCCCAGCUUGAGACUGCUACUCCGGAGAUUCUGUCGUCUCUGGCAUCCAAGGCUGUGCCCCAGACCUUGACUGAAAAGAUUGUGCAGAAGUACUCCGUCGGUCUUGCCAAGGACAAGUUUGUCCAGUCCGGCGACUAUGUCACCAUCUCUCCCCACCGCUGCAUGACCCACGACAACUCAUGGCCCGUUGCUCUGAAGUUCAUGUCCAUUGGCGCUUCCAAGAUUCACAACCCCGAUCAGAUUGUUAUGACCCUCGACCACGAUGUGCAGAACAAGACCGAGAAGAACCUCCAGAAGUAUCAGCAGAUUGAGGACUUUGCGAAGCUUCACGGUGUCGAGUUCUAUCCUGCUGGACGUGGUAUUGGUCACCAGAUUAUGGCUGAAGAGGGAUUGGCUUGGCCCGGAACUCUUUGCGUUGCCUCGGAUUCCCACAGCAACCACUACGGUGCGCUUGCUUGCUUGGGAACACCUAUUGUCCGAACAGAUGCCGCGAGUGUCUGGAGCACUGGCCAGACCUGGUGGCAAGUGCCUGCCAUCGCCAAGAUCACCCUCACUGGCGUUCUCCCCGCCGGUGUCACUGGCAAGGACGUUAUCGUUGCUCUCUGCGGUCUCUUCGACAAGGACGACGUUCUGAACCACGCUCUCGAGUUUGCUGGUUCCGAGGAGACGAUGCGCAGCCUGCCUAUUGAUAGCCGUAUGACCAUUGCCAACAUGACUACCGAAUGGGGUGCCCUCUCUGGUCUUUUCCCCAUGGAUGACGUCCUCAAGGGUUGGAUGAAGGGCAAGGCUACUACCGCCGCCAUGGGUCUGGCCGAUGGCCCCUUCAAGACCACUGCUGCUCAACGCUUCACCCACGAGGCUAUCGAGGAGCUCUUCGCUAACCCUCUGACCGCCGACAAGGGUGCCAAGUACGCCAAGGAGCUCUUCCUGGACCUCUCAUCUCUGUCUCCCUACGUCGCCGGCCCUAACUCGGUCAAGGUUGCUACUCCUCUGAGCGAGCUUGAGGCUGCCGAUAUCAAGGUUAACAAGGCCUACCUUGUUUCUUGCACUAACUCGCGUGCCUCUGAUAUUGCUGCUGCCGCCCGUGUGUUCAAGGAGGCUGCCGAGAAGAACGGUGGUCAGAUCCCCAAGAUUGCCGACGGUGUUCAGUUCUACAUCGCUGCUGCUUCUAUCCCCGAGCAGCUUGCUGCCGAGGGUGCUGGUGACUGGCAGGUUCUGAUUGAUGCUGGUGCUACCGUUCUCCCCGCCGGCUGCGGUCCCUGCAUUGGUCUCGGCGCUGGUCUCCUCGAGCCCGGUGAGGUCGGUAUCAGUGCCUCCAACCGUAACUUCAAGGGUCGCAUGGGUUCCACCGAUGCCAAGGCCUACCUGGGCUCUCCCGAAGUCGUGGCUGCCAGCGCUCUUAGCGGAAAGCUCUCCGGUCCUGGCUGGUACCAGACCCCCGAGGGCUGGACUGGCGUGAAGCGCGGCGAGGGUGAUGGUAUUGCUGAGGAGGAUCGUAUGCUUACCACCGAGGAGGCUCUUGAGAAGCUUCUCGGCCAGCUUGACGAUCUGGUGGCUGAUGGUGAGAAGAAGUUUGCUCCCGAGCCCACCGAGGCCAAGGUUGAGGAGACCUCUUCCGAGGACUCUCUGACCGAUGUGUACCCCGGUUUCCCCGAGCGCGUGUCCGGAGAGAUUGUCUUCUGCGACGGAGACAACAUCAACACCGAUGGUAUCUACCCCGGCAAGUACACCUACCAGGACAACGUCCCUGUCGAGACCAUGGCCCAGGUCUGCAUGGAGAACUACGACACCAAGUUCUCGACCAUUGCCAAGGCUGGUGAUAUCCUGGUCACCGGCUACAACUUCGGCUGCGGUUCCUCUCGUGAGCAGGCCGCUACCGCCAUCCUUGCCAAGGAGAUCCCUCUCGUCGUCGCAGGCAGCUUCGGCAACAUUUUCUCCCGCAACAGUAUCAACAACGCGCUGAUGGGUCUGGAAGUGCCCCGUCUGAUUUCCCGUCUCCGUGAGACCUUCGCCGAGGGCGACGGCAAGGCUCUUACCCGCCGUACUGGCUGGACUCUGACCUGGGACGUUCGCCGUAGCCAGAUCGAGGUCCAGGAGGGCCCCGACGGUGCCAAGUGGACUCACAAGGUCGGCGAGCUUCCUCCCAACGUGCAGGAGAUUAUUGCCAAGGGCGGUCUUGAGAAGUGGGUCAAGAACGCGAUUGAGGCGUAA